ACAAGGCAACCCUUGCCCUGGAGGCUUGUCUCAGCAUUUCUAUUAGGAUAGAAAGAGAUUUCAAACUCUAGGUUUUAGCUCUAGCUAUAUCGCAAGAUAAUAACCAAGACUUUUUUGUUUGAGAAAAUUAAAUCUUCGAUUUCCAUCUCUAGAGUGUGAGAGAAAGAGAGAAGAAAGAGGACAUGGGUAGACCUCCUUGCUGUGAUAAAAUUGGUGUGAAGAAGGGACCAUGGACUCCUGAAGAAGAUAUCAUCCUGGUUUCUUAUAUUCAAGAACAUGGACCGGGAAAUUGGAGAUCAGUUCCUACUAAUACAGGUUUGCUUAGAUGCAGCAAGAGUUGCAGGCUUAGAUGGACAAACUAUCUCCGGCCGGGUAUUAAGCGUGGUAACUUCACUGAACAAGAAGAGAAGAUGAUAAUCCAUCUCCAAGCUCUUUUAGGCAAUAGAUGGGCUGCCAUAGCUUCUUACCUUCCUCAGAGAACAGAUAAUGACAUAAAAAAUUAUUGGAACACCCAUCUGAAAAAGAAGCUGAAAAAGCUCCAAACAGGCGUUGAUGGCCAAAAUCAAGAUGGGUUCUCUUCUUCACAAUCAGUCUCCAAGGGGCAGUGGGAGAGAAGGCUUCAGACAGAUAUCCGGAUGGCUAAACAAGCCCUUUCUGAGGCUUUGUCCCUUGAUAAAACAAACUCUUCAACUGACUCAAAGGACUUCAACCUCUCUCACCCUUACUUGAAACCAUCUCAAUCUCAAGCGUCUACUUAUGCAUCCAGUGCCGAAAACAUAUCCCGGUUGCUCGAAAACUGGAUGAAAAAUCCACCCAAACCAGCUGCUCAUCAAACAAAUUCAGCUGAAACAAUGACUCAGAAUUCCUUCAACAACACAACCACAGCAGGCUCUAGCUCCAGUGAAGGAGCAUUUAGCGCAACUACGCCUGAGGGUUUUGACUCUUUUUUUAGCUUCAACUCGUCCAACUCAAAUGCUUCUCAUGAAUCCGUGUCGGUGGAUCAGAACGCCAAUUUGACACCCGAAAACAGCGUCUUUCAAGGUGAGAGCAAGCCCAAUCUGGAGACUCAUCAAGUCCCUCUCACAUUGAUAGAGAAAUGGCUCUUGGAUGAUGGUUCGGCUCAGGCUCAUGAAGACCUAAUUAACAUGUCUUUAGAAGAUAGUGCUGGGUUGUUUUGAAGGACAUUAAGUUUAGGGGUUCUUUGUUUGUUAUUGGUGGUUUUUAUGCCUUUGAUCUGGUAGGUCCUAGUCUAAGCAGAUAGAUAACACCCUCUCUUGGGAGGAGCAGGAACUGUAAAUUACAAGUAAAUGCAUAUUAUUAUGAUAUAUAUGUACUGGAUCAUUAUUAAUAAAUUAGACAUCUCUUCUCCUAUUA